CGUACCUGCGUCGAAAGUGGGAUGCCAGGUGCCAAGGCGGGACCCCACUUUGUGCCGGAGCUCAGCGACAACAGCUUCAACCCUUGAUUGACCCCGUGUCUUCCGAGACCAACAAAUCCUUCCGCUGCAGCUGUGCCCAGAUGAAUUGAUGACGCCUAUAAGGCGCAUCUCCAGAGCAGUUAGAAUAGGAUAGGCAUGGUCCAUUAGGGGAGCUGCCUGCCCGCCCAUCUCGCGCCCUUUCUGCUGCGAUGCUAUCCCGUCGGCUCCUCGUCUUAGCCCGGCAAUCGGCGUUCGGCCGCCUCCCAUUCCGAGCGCCGUCGCCGAUCAUCUCCGCCGAAUCCGUCUUCUUCUCGAAGCUCCGACCGAACUCUCGGCGGCCCGGCGCGCCGUUCGUCCUCCUCCCGCUCCUCGGCGGCCGCAGGCUCUACACUGAGGACCCGCGGUUCCGCAAUGCGCGGCCGCUCUUCUCCAACGGGCAGCUGCGGCGCAUCGUGCGCAGCCCGAGCACGCACACCAUAAUAGUGGCGGCCGUCGUGGCCGCGUGCAUCUUCUACUUCAGCAACCUGGAGACGGUGCCGGUCAGCGGCCGGACGAGGUUCAACUGCUACAGCGCCGAGAGCGUGCGCGAGGUCGGCGAGUCGCAGGCCAAGAUGGUCCUGUACGACCUAGAGAGGAAUGGCGGGAGGAUACUACCGGAUUGGGAUCCGAGGACAAGGAUGGUCAAGCGGGUCAUGGACAAGCUGAUCCCCUUCAGCGGUAUGGCAGACGAGACUUGGGAGGUCUUUGUCAUCGAGGACCCUCAUACGGCCAACGCCUUCGUCUUGCCGGGGGGCAAGGUCUUCGUCUACAGUGGCAUACUACCCCUCGUCCGCAACGACAGCGGUCUGGCGGCGGUCCUUGGCCACGAGAUCGCCCAUAACGUCGCCGACCACGUCGGCGAGCGCCUAUCCCAAUCCAUCGGGGUCAAUGUGCUUAUGUACAGCCUAAUAAUUCUCUUCGGGGCCAUUGGUGCCGCACCGUUUGCCAUACAUCUGUUCGGCGGCGCCAUGAUGGACAUCGCCUUCGGCAAGCCGAUGAGCCGCCUGCAGGAGUCUGAGGCAGACUAUAUUGGCGUCAUGAUGAUGGCCGAGGCUUGCUACGAUCCGAAGGAGGCGGCGAGCUUCUGGGGUAGGAUGGAUAAGGCGCAACAGGCCCAGCCGCCAGAGUGGAUGAGCACACACCCGUCGAACCAAACAAGGAUAGAGAAGAUCCAAGAAUGGCUACCAAAGGCUAUAGAGAAGAGAGAGGCCAGCGAUUGCAGGACCACUACCGCAUUUGCGGAUCUAUUCAAGAGGGCGAUGGAGAAAGGCAUCGUGAUACAGGCGCUGUGAUGCACCUGCCAUGUGGUGCUUUGGCGUUCGGGGUACCAUACAUGAAAUACUUUCAGAUAUGCCAGUGUUUUGGCAGGCUGUUGGACUCUUUGAAGUGACAAAUGAGAUACCUAGAAAAUAAUUAAUUUUUGGAGAAGAAACCAGCCAUCAAGACAUUAUCUAGUACCAUACAACUCCAUAUGAACUAAAAAUCUCACCCUGAUUCA